AUGCCUCACGAAAACACCACUAACCAAGAUCUGAGAACCAGAUCUAAAUCUAAACCACCACAGGAGAGAGGGUCGGUCCACCAAGCUCCACCAGAGACGCCGAAUGCACAAGCCACCGUCCUCAAGAAGCCACCAGAACAGCGACCUAAACUCCUUAGCGAAUAUUCUCUCUCCACGAGGUGGCUCACCACCAACCAGAGCUUCAGGUCAGAGCAGAACCACGCCACAACCGCCGGAGCUAAUGAACUGAAAGACGAAAGAGAAAAUAAAAGCAAGGAGCCCUCUCACGUGUCUUCCUGUACGAUCCAAUCAAAUCCUAAUCCAUUGGAGCGUGGUGGUUACCGAGGUGGUCGUGGUGAUGGCCGUGGCAGAAGCGGCGGAGGUCGUGGUUACGACGGAGGAGGAGGAGACCGUGGUCGCAGUUAUGGCGGCACAGAUCGCGGUCGUGGUCACGGCACAGAGUGA